CGCAGUCUCCCCUCCCCUCCUCGGCGCUCUCAGACAAGCAAGCACGCACCCACUCUCUCCUCCUCACCUCAAAACGCAAGCCGAGCCGACCAACGGCGACCACCUCACCUCACCUCAGAUCCCCCUCCCACGCCUGCCGCCCGCCCGCCGCCCCCUCCUGAAAUCCCGCCCCUGCCCCUGCCGCCGGGCGCGCUGCCCGAGGGCAUCCCGGUAAUUUCCCGCCGCCACCGUACCCCGUCCGGUCUCCGGACCGACCCCGGCUGGCUGGCUGGCUGUCGGUCGCCGCGCCUGCCUGGCUGUCAUUGUCCACGCAACCUCUCCCCGUCCGUCCGGAACACGGAAGUAAUCGCCGGUUACCCGGUCAAACCCAUCACGCGGCGGCUCCGAUCCGGCCCGGCCAUGCCUGCCUAUCCCACCUCGCCGUCUGUCACGUGCCGCGCGCGUGGCCCCCCCUCGGCCGGCGCCCCACCCCCGCCCCCGGCGUGCCCUUUUAUUCCAACCCCCCGACCCGACCCUCACCGCCCGUUCCCAAUUCACCCCACCGUCCGUCCGUCACGCGCACCCCGCGACUUUCUUGUUCCCCUAGGGUUAGGGUUCGUCGCCAGAUCUGAGGGGAGGCGAUGGAGCUGAGGGAGAUGGCCGCGGCGGCGGCGGCGGCUGCGUCGGCGGGAGGAGGAGGAGGAGGCGGCGGUGGGGGAGGGGGCGGGGGCGGCAGGCUGCCGCCGCCCAACCCCAACCUGCCCUACCGCGAGGACUGCUGGAGCGAGGGCGAGACGGCGGCGCUCGUAGGCGCCUGGGGCAGCCGCUACGUCGACCUCAACCGCGGCAACCUGCGCCAGAAGCAGUGGCAGGAGGUCGCCGGCGCCGUCAACUCGCGCCGCGGGGCCGCCGCGCGCCGCCGCCCGCCGCGCACCGACGUCCAGUGCAAGAACCGCGUCGACACGCUCAAGAAGAAGUACAAGGCCGAGCGCGCCCGCGGCGGGCCCUCCGCCUGGAACUUCUACGGCGAGCUCGACCGCCUCGUCGGCCCCACCCUCUCCGCCGCCGCCGCCACCAAGAAGCACCCCUCCUCCGGGCUGCCGGCCCCUCACUUCGCCCUGCCCCUCCACCCUUCCGCCGCCAGGAGGCACCCGUCGCCCUCCUCUUCGCCGUCCCCGCCUCCGCCCAUGGCUCUGCCGCUGCCCAACUACCGCCGCGGGGCGCCGCUCCCUGCCGCCGCGUUUAUCCAGCAGGCCGCCGCCGCCGCUGCCGCGAUUUCUGAUUCAGACGACUCCGGUGAUCUCGGUGACAACAACAGCAACAACUCGCGGCGGUCACCAUCCCGCUCCAUUUCAUCGCACUCCGGUGGUAACAACAAGCGCCGCCGCCGCAGCGAAAGCAGCAGUGGUGGCGAUGGUGGUGUCGGCGAGCUGGCGAGGGCGAUCGAGGCAUUUGCAGAGAUGUACGAGCGCGUCGAGAGUGCCAAGCAGAAGCAGUUCCUGGAGAUGGAGCGAGAGCGGAUCAACUUCAUGAAGCAGCUGGAGGUGAAGCGCAUGGAGAACUUCGUCGAUGCACAUGUGAAGCUCGCAAGAAUGAAGCAUGCCAAGAAGAACGGAGGUUCUGCAGCCAAUGGUACCAUUGGAGUGGAGUUGGCUUCCUCCGUCGCUGCGCUGCCUUUCCUCUCCAACCCUGCAUACCUCUGAUGUUGAGGAAGCCUCUAGGUAAAGUUGAUUGGUCAUUUCAGUUUAGAUGAACAUUGCUCUAGGUUAUUGUUCGUUUCCUUGAUCUGUGGCUACUGCAAAGUUUGUAAUAUCAGUGUUGGUGUGCUAAUCUUAACCAAUAUGUGGCAUGAGGAUGCUGUUCGUUAAUGUUUAGGAAUUUGUAUCCUUGAAGUAUGUAGAGGCAUAAUUUUAAAUGUGAAACCCAUAUACAAUGAUAAUUUGGUUUA